UGCGCACUCGUUCCUCCAGCAAUCAUCAAAUUCCAUUAGUAUGCUUUCUCAGCUAUCACACACGCGCCUGUAAGUGCAGCAGCACCCGCCCGAAACAUAUAGAAAUGCGUUGCGGUCGGAGCUAUAACUAGAAGUUUGCCGUGAGCAUGGCUUCGCCUGAGGCGUAAAACCGACGCGCGCGGCUGCCGAGCUUCUCCCUCUUCUCACUCGCCAACCCAAGUCCAUUCUCCGCUCGUGCCUUCUCCUGCUCGUGCCGAGUUCGUCCCCAUGGCCAAGUCGCUCACUUCCCGCGUCGUGCUCGCCGUCGGAUGGCACGGCUGGCACAAGAGCCCGCUAGUGGCGGCGUCCGCGGUGACGGCGGCGCUGCUGCUGCUGCUGCUGCCGCUGAGCGUCGACGUGGCGCUCAUGUGGUCGUCGGACGCCAACUCGAGCUCGCAUCUCGCCACGAUGCUGGGCGAGCAUUGCGGCGGCCCCCCAAUGCUCUCCGCGCACGACUCCGACGCGCUCGACCUCUCCCAAUGCUCCGCGAAAGGGGAAGCCUUUUCCGCUUCCGCGGACCGCCUCGGCCUAUCCUCGCUACAAGCCGGCCCGCAGACCGCAAACGGCGGCCGGCUCUGCGCGCACCUGGAGGAGAAGAAGCGGCUAAUGCGCUUAGCGGCUCGGCAGCAGCAGCCAUGGCUGUGGCCGUGGUCUUUCCGCGGCCGUGGUCUUUCCGCCGUUGCUGGUAAUGGUGGUGCUGGUGCUGCUGCUGGCGGUAGUGGUAGUUCUACUGGUGGCGGGGGGGCGUUGGCGGGAUCGCCGUCUUUCGCUUACGUUACGCUCAUCACAGGGAAGAAGCUCGUCGCGUCGGCGAUCGUUUUCGCGCAGGCGUUGCGUGCGACUCGCACGCCGCACCACCUCGUGCUGAUGAUCGCCGACGGCGGCGAAAUGUCUACAGUACCGCCCCAGCUACACCUCUUUUUCGACGCGGUUAUACGAGUCGAUUGGAUUCCCAACCCGUACAAGGCGAUUUAUUUCACGAAAUUCCACAUUUGGCGAAUGGUUGAGUUCGCGAAAGUCGUGUACCUGGACGUGGAUACCCUGCCGCUCGCGAAUGUGGACCACCUGUUCGAGCGGCCCGAGAUCACCGGAGCGCCCGGGUUCUUCCUGGUCAACCAGUUCAACGCCGGCAUCAUGGUCGUCAAGCCGUCGCUGGCCACCUACGACGCGCUCCUGCGCACCAUCGACGUGAUUGGCUCCGUGGAUCGCGGCGACCAGGGCUUCUUAAACGCCGUCUUCUCGAACUUCGCCAACCAGACCGCGGCGCACCGCCUAGACUACCGCUAUAACGCCAUGCUGUCUUACCCGGACCAGUACCCGCCUCCCCCCUGGUACGACGCGGAAAACGCGCACGAGACUCUCGGGCCGCUUAUGAUCCUCCACUAUGGCGGCCCGUGGGGGAAGCCCGCGGGAUUCGGGGAGAUUAAACCCGUGUCGGGGCCGAACGGGUGCACGCAUCGGUGCUGGGUGAAGGGGCGGCAGCCGGUUACCAGGUGGUUGGCGAUGUGGCAUGAUCUUUCGCAGGCUUUGUUUGAGAACUGCUGGCGCCCGCUGGAGAGGGGUAAGGCGGAGGAGGUGCUGGUUAACGGAUUGCCUAAUAAGGGGGAUUACGAGUGGGUGCGCGUUGCGGGGCACUCGACGGGGCUGCUCGGGGAGGAGGCACAGAGGCGGAACGCGCAGGGGGGGGAGAAGGGAGAGGGGGAGGGGGAGGGGGAAAGAAUAGGGGAGAGGAACGGGGAGGAGAAGGGGGCGAAGGUGCAAGCGGUUGUGGAGGUGCAGCUCGCGUCCAUGUGGAGCCGACCGGCCCUGGCUGCAGGGAUUGAUGUGGGGGUGGUGGAUGAGGAGAUGGAUGCUGCCGCUGCUGCUGCUGCUGAGGGUGCUGAGGGUGCUGCUGAUAGUGUUGAUGGUGCUGCUGGGGAUGGUGGUGCUGCUGCUGCUGCUGCUGCGGCUGCCGAGGUUGCUGCACGGAGGGCGAGGAAGAUGGUGUUUGCGACGGUGGUGGGUCCCGGCAACGUGGAGCAUGCGUAUGCAUGGGCCAUGUCAUAUGACAAGUACCACGACCCCUCCCAGCUGCAGCAGCAGCAGCAGGCGCAGCGCCGGCAGAUCAUAGAGAGCAGCAGCAGCAGCGGCGGCGGCAGCAGCAUGGCAGCACAGCAGUUGGACGAUCUCCUCCUGCUCACACGGCACGACACGCUGGUUCUCGCGCUGUCCUCCGUCCCCAAGCCGUCGCUCGCGAAUCUUCGCCGGCUGUUCACCCACGUCCGGGUGGUGGAUCCGAUCUCGGUUCGGGAAGGCCGAGGCAUGAGGGAGCUUCUGGAGGAGUUUGCCGUGCUGCAUCUCUGGAACCAGACGGAUUUUCAGAGGAUUGUUUACGUUGACCCGCUCUCGCUUUUCAAGGACAACUGCAACCACAUGUUUGGUGUGUUCCGCCCGUUUGCCGCGCCGCCGCUGCGAUUUCCCCCCGAUUUGUUUUCCACCCGAGUGAUGCUGAUUCAACCGCAGUCGGCCACUUUGCACCACAUGGUUUCGGCGAUCGAGUCGGCCCCGCUGCGGCCACUGCAGACAGCGUACCUGGACCUGUUUUUGAACGCGUACUAUGGGACCUGGUACAGGGAGAGCACGCUACACCGCAUGCCGUAUGAAUACGGGCUUAACUUGUGGAUGCGGCAGCGCUUGCAUCAGUACUACCCUCACCCGCGUAUCGUGAAUUUCGACGGGCAGUCCCCGCUGGAUACGGAGGAUCUGGACAACUGGAGGGACUUUGACAAGAGGAAGGGCAACAUGGGGCAGGAGUGGCUGGAUCUGCGCAGGGCGGCUCUAGCUCUGCUCGAGAAGUGAUGCAAAGUGACGCGAAGUGAUGCGACACAGGAGCUGAUUCUGAGGUGUGAAACCCUCUUCUUGGGUUACUACAGAGCUUGCCAGGAAUGGGGGCUUGGGGUGGAGGGGGUGGGAGGAGAGGGUAUGGAUGGAAUUCGGUUUGGCAAGAUGUGGUGAUGAUGCAGUGGUGUCAUGCGAUGGAACUACUGGCGAAGGUUGUCAGCAGCAGUCUACCGGUAGACUACGGGGCUCUACGCUCUACGAGUAUAAAUGGAGUCGUGGAGAGCGAAGUAGUGAAGGCACUAAGCAGCCAGACUGCCCUUGCUUGGCUGCACAGUGUAAAGGGAAGAAAUUACAGGCUGAGUUGAUGCUAGACUGCGUUUGGGUUUGGAGGUAUGGUGUUUAGGAAUAUUACCGUCUUCCCCCAUAUAUAGCACCCUAGGGUAUUGUCAGAAAUUCAUCAAAAAAAUGUAUGGGUGUUGACAGUAGGCUGGAAAGAUAUAGAGUCCGUGUCUUAUGUAAAAUGCAAAAUGAA